AGUCUGCAACAGGUAAGCUAACCAGAGCAAGCCUCAGACAAUUUCAACCACCUAAAAAAAAAAUCAAACAACUAGAGAAGGAAGCAAUAUCUGGCUUUUUGACUAAACAUGGAAAUAUAUUGUUGUAGAGCAUGGAAGAGAGUAGCUUGAUAGCAGCAUAUACAUUUUUCUCUUUAUAUAUUUUGUUUGUUUGUUUGUGUGUGUCAAAGGCAGGUUGGGGUGAAAGAGAAGUUGAAGGUGAUUUCAAAGCAUAUAGAUACCCGAUUUUCUUGCUUGCACGACACAUACUAAGGCCGGCGCCUUCUUGUUUGCAAUUGCCUUGCACGAUUUCAUCCAAAAAGACAAAAGUAGGAUAUGAUUCUUGCUUCAUGCUUUGUUAUCAGCUUUUGUAUCUUUAUAUAUUAUCCUUGUAGUUGCCAUUGCGUAUGUCCAAUCACUCCUCCUCCUUUGAAUUACUCUGAAAGCAGCAAAGUGAUAAUGGGGAAUACUGUUUCUGCCCUCACUUCAUGUGCAAGGAAGCAAGCAAAUGAUGAUGCUGAUAAGGAAAUCAUGAAGGCUUUACCUAUUGAUACUUCAUUCAAGCUUCCAUCUCCGUUACCGACUUGGCCAAACGGUGAAGGAUUUGCAAGUGGAGCAAUUGAUUUGGGUGGAGGAUUGCAAGUAUGUCAAAUUUCAACUUUCAACAAAAUCUGGGUUUCCCAUCAAGGAGGACCUGAUGAUUUGGGUGCUUCAUUCUUUGAACCCUCUCAAAUCCCACAAGGGUUUUCUAUGCUAGGCAGUUAUGGCCAACCCAACAACCAAAAUCUUUUCGGGUGGGUUCUUGCAGGGAAGGAUUAUGCAAAUGAUGCUUCGAAUGCAGCGUUGAAGAAUCCGGUUGAUUAUACUCUUGUUUGGAACAGUGAGUCUCUGAAUAUCAAAAAAGAUGGCAAUGGCUAUUUCUGGUUACCUGUGCCCCCUGAUGGGUACAGAGCAGUUGGGCUAAUUGUCACAAACUCCCCUCAGAAGCCUUCCUUGGACAAAGUCCGAUGUGUUCGGACCGAUCUCACCGAUCAAUGUCAGACUGAUGCUUUGAUAUGGGGAUCAUCAAGUGAUUCAACUGGAACCAAUUUUUCCAGUCUUAGGCCUAGCAAUAGAGGAACACAAGCUAUGGGUGUCAACGUGGGCACAUUUUCUUCACAAAACUCUUCAUCGCUUACUUGUUUGAAGAAUGUCAAGUCAAAUCUCUCUCCCAUGCCUAAUAAAUCCCAAAUUCAGGCAUUAAUCCAGGCUUACUCACCAUUGAUAAACUUGCAUCCUGAGGAACAAUACCUUCCUUCUUCAGUGACAUGGUAUUUCACCAAUGGAGCACUACUAUACCACCAAGGAGAGGAGUCAAACCCUGUCAAAAUUGAACCCACAGGCUCAAACCUUCCUCAAGGUGGUUCAAAUGAUGGCACAUAUUGGCUGGACCUUCCAGUUGAUGGAAAAGCCAAGGAAUUUGUCAAGAAAGGAAAUUUGCAGAGCUGCCAAGUUUACUUACAUGUAAAACCAAUGCUAGGAGCAACCUUCACAGACUUAGCCAUCUGGGUCUUCUACCCUUUCAAUGGACCCGCAAAGGCUAAAGUUAAGUUCAUUAACAUUUCAUUGGGGAAAAUCGGCGAACACGUUGGGGACUGGGAGCAUGUGACAUUAAGGGUCAGCAAUUUCAAUGGGGAACUAAAGAGUAUCUUCCUCUCUGAACACAGUGGAGGUACAUGGGUCGAUGCUUCGGAGCUUGAGUUUCAAAGUGGCAGCAAUAAACCAGUGACCUAUGCAUCCUUACACGGACACGCCAUGUAUGCAAAGCCUGGCAUGGUCUUGCAAGGCAGUGAUGGGAUUGGAAUCAGAAAUGACACAGCGAAGAGCAACAUGGUCGUUGAUACUGGAUCAAACUACUCAUUGGUUGCAGCUGAGUAUCUGGGUUCUUCAGCAAUUGUUGAGCCGCCAUGGCUGAAUUACUUGAGGAAAUGGGGUCCAAAGAUUGAUUACGAUCUUGCAGAGGAGAUUAGGAAAAUAGAGAAAGUGUUGCCAGGGAAACUGAAGACUGCUUUCAAGAACUUAAUGAAUAAAUUGCCGAAUGAAGUGUUGGGCGAAGAAGGGCCUACUGGUCCCAAAGUGAAGGCGAAUUGGGUUGGAGACGAACUUUGAGACAAUCUUCUCAAUUCCACUAUUGCUGCUAAGUAGUGGGCUUGCUUGUGCACCUGUGAAUGUGAUCAUGAGAUCCUGGGUUCCAUUCCAUGUGGUGAGGGAUUAUCAUCAUAUGAACCUUGUUAAAAAGAGAAAAACUCAAAAGUAUGGUAACUUAUUUUUCGAAUAUAUAUAAAAUUAGCAUUUGUUUGAUGA